CUUCGGCCGGUCCACGAUCCUUUGAUCCGGCUUCGCCGCCAAUUGUGUCCGUUUGUUGUUGCACUCUUGCAGUCCGCGUAUGUGUGUGUUGUUUCCGUGAGUGUGAGUGAGACGGGUCAUUAAUCCGCCGCUGUUCUUUUUGUUAAAAGAAGUAUUAAAGUUUAGCAAAUAUGUUGCUAGCCCAAUUCUAGAUAGCUAAGAAGAUUAGGAUUAAGUUGUGGAGAGUGCAAUCCAAGGGCCUGUAACCUAUACAGCCACCUGUCGCCGGUCCUAGAAGAAUCCAAUCCUCCGUACUUCGUACUCCGUACUCCGUACUCCGUACUCCGUCCUCCAUCCUCACCGCCGCGCGCCACAAAAUCAGCCAAGACGGCGUCCCCCCGCAGUUACGUCCGCUCACGCUCCACCCCGCAGUCGCCACAUUCCCCGCAGGCGGCACUCCUCGGCGGCGGCAGAUCCCAUCACGGUCAUCACGGGCACCAUCAUCACCAUUCCCCGUCGCCAUCACCAUCGUCGCCCUCGCCAUCGUGCCCCACGCUGCAGCUGCAGCCGCGCCUGCAUCAUUCGGAGCAGCAGCUGUGCCAGCGUCGCCGGAUCUAUGCAUCCACGGGGAGUGCCGCCAACAUCAUGAUGGAUCGCGAAUCCCUUAGCGAAUGGGCUAAGGACAAGCCGCUCAGCAUCCUGCAGCUGGAUCCGGCGGAUCGUGCCGUUCUACGGAUAGCAGAUGAACGCGAUGCCAUUCAGAAGAAGACUUUCACAAAAUGGGUUAACAAACAUCUGAAAAAGACCUAUACUAUGCUACAUGUUUGUGUUACCACAAAUGGCAUACCUUGUUGUUCUCAGUCAGCCAAUCGUCGUGUGGUGGACUUGUUUGAAGAUCUGCGCGAUGGUCACAAUUUACUUUCACUCCUGGAGGUGCUAUCUGGCGAACACCUGCCACGCGAGAAGGGUAAAAUGCGAUUCCACAUGCUGCAGAAUGCACAAAUGGCACUGGACUUUCUGCGCUACAAGAAGAUCAAGCUGGUGAACAUACGCGCCGAGGACAUUGUCGAUGGCAAUCCCAAGCUGACGCUGGGCCUGAUCUGGACCAUUAUAUUGCACUUCCAGAGGAUAGACAACUUUCGCAGGGAUUAG